GCGUCCAGCAAGCGACGACCCAUGGAUCCUAUACUUCAAUCGGCGGCUGCACCCGCAGUAGCAGCAGCAUCAGCACCAAAGGCGCCACCCAAAACGGCCAAGCGCAGCCGCGGGAAGGGAGCCAAGGCUCCCGUGCCGCCAAAGGGACCGGCGGCAAAAGAGUCGGCAGCGAGGGCGCCGGAUGACAGUGGCGACGGCGCACGGGAAAGCAUCGCGGAGAAGCGAGAGUGUGGACCCUAAAGGCGGAGAGGACGAGAAGCGCAAACAGUUCCUGGAGCGCAACCGGAUAGCGGCGCUAAAGUGCCGGCAGCGCAAGAAGCAGCAGCUAAACGAGCUGCAGCAGCGACACGACUACAUGGUCUACGAGAACGAGCGGCUGAAGAACGAGUACCUGCAGCUGCGCGAUAAGGCGCUGCACAUUUAAGACGCUGCUGGAGGCACACCGGGAAUGCGCGGUCGCGCAGGCCAACGGCGUGUUUGGGAUUGACAGUUUACCACCCGGGACACCCAACAUUUCAUCGCAGCCGAUCGUAUUU